AUGGAUGAAGAUGGCCAUUUCGCAACAGAAAUGCCGAACAGCGUUCAGGAACUGGAUUCCGAGAGAGGCGUGGACCAAAUAUCAAGCCUUAAUAUCAAACCAGAAGAUGAAGAGUUUAAAACGGUACUUACAGAAUUGGAGGCACUUCCCUUUCAUGACGAAAACCAGAGAACCGUCUUCUUUGAAAACGUCAAUCGCUUACAGGACAGACAUAUUAUUCAGAUUUUCAGGUUAGGCGUUGUUCCGUUGCAAACAUUUACAACUGAAAGUUACGAAUUUCUCGAAGACGUGAUAAACCUUUUUAAGAUAUGCUUCUCUUUUUGCUAUACCACUGAUGUAUCAAAAAGAGUUGCUUUUGAGUGUUAUGCCUUUGCCUUGAAAUUCUGCUUUCGUCCUCAGCCAACACGGUGCCUUGCAACUAAGGUUCUUUCCAGUCUACUUGAACUUGUUCAGAUAUUUCAAGAAGGAAACCUUGCUACCAUUGUCUGCGACCAAAAAGAGCAACAAGCCAACCAAAAGUACUAUUUCAAAAGUGCUAAAAAUCUAUUUGUUGAGCUCCUCGAGGUAUUUGAAAGAAGACGAGAUGAUGGCUACAUUGUAGAAAUCAUUGAUCAAACAAAGAGAUUUGCUUCUGCGGACGCCAAGGCAUCUUGUAUUGAAGAGCAUUUGGUCGGAAAUGUGUGUUUGCGAAGCGAUUACCUGGUAUCGCCUUUUUUACUGACAAAAUGGAUCAACUUGCUGAAAUUAGAAAAUAUCAAUAGUGGCUUUGCCUCAGCUUUAGCUAAGCAGGACACAUUAAGGCACGUUAAAGAGUAUUUUCAGCUGGUUCAUCCUGGUCUUCAGCCAUCUGUUCACUCACGAAAUGUUUAUGAAUCAGUUGUUUGCGGUUUUGUUGAAGUUUUGAAGGAAAUGAGCAACAGCGACAGCAAAUUUUGCCUUCCAGAUGAUGACGAGGAAAGGUUGGAAAUUUUCUUCAAAAGUAUGCACCAUUUUCGCCAAAACAAAACUGCGUCAAUUCUAAUAACUUCACUAAAGCUUCUAGCUACAACAAGCAUUCCUACCGAUGUUCUGCAGGAGAUUCUGGAGCAGUUCUUAAAGGAAGAGAAACAACAGGCACAAGAUUCUCAACAAUUCAUAGAGGACAAAGCAAUAGCCUUUAACAAUGUCUUUAAAGUUUUAUCGGUAGUUCCAGAUGGAAAGAUAGUCAGAAGGGUGUUACAAUUCUGGAGGGAAACCUCUUCGACUGAAUCCGAUUAUCUUUAUUGUAGAAAUUUAUUGGCCCUGUUCGUGGAAGAAUCCAACAUUGGAGAUCGUUGUGGUUUUCAAGAAAGAGCAGAAAGAACACUGAAUUUCUUGUAUUGGCUUCCUCCCUAUUUGCUCCGUUCUACUAGCUUUUGGGUUCCAUUCCUGUCACCUUUCAUAAGGGCAUUUCCAACAUCAUUUCAUAAACGUCCAGAGGCAUUAGUUUUCAUCCACAAAACUGUGCUAGCAACACGAGUUCUCUCUGAGGUGCGUCAAGACUAUGUGACGCUGGAACAUGUUCCACAAAGGCAGUUUUUAACAUGGAUUUCCCAACAGAGUUUCAGCGAAGAAAGGAAAAUCGAAAUGAUUCGGCUGCUCCUGUGCUGCACCGAUGGUGGAGUAUUGGUCAACAAUUGGAAUUUUUCAAUAAACGUCAUUAAACAGCUGACCUUGAGUCAAGAACUGCCAUUUAGGAAAAAGAAAGUCAUUGCUCAUGAUGUAACUCGAUUUGCCAAACUCUUGCAGGGUUCAUCAAAAGUGGAUUUUCAGAACUGUGUUGAAAAUGUCAUCUCAAACCAAACCCUAGAUCAUAAGGAUGACAUCUUUUCUGCGAUUCUUGAUUUUGUGAAACGAUUUGAUGACAAGAAGAGACCCAUAAAGAGCAUUCCUCUUAACGUGUCGCAGCUAUUUUCCUUAAUAUCACAGAUUCCGAUCUCGGGUGACAGAAGAUUAAAACUUCUGGAGAUGGCAAAAGAAUCCGAAGAGGGCUUAGUGAACAGUAGACGAAUUUCAAGCUUUUUGCACCUAAACUAUGACUGCCUCAGAAAUGAAGAAGCGGAUGGGUAUUUUGACAUUCUUGCUUCUGUUUUUGGUGGAACUCUAGGAGGCAAAAAAGAUUUAUGUGAACAGUUUUGUUUGUAUGUUCACAUUUACAGGCCUCCAUUGCAAGUCUGGACUAAAUUUGCCCAACUUGUUUUCUCAGGUUCGUUCAAGGCAGAAAUCGACGGUUACUGUUGUUGCCCUAUUCUAAACGCAGCGUCAGGCCUAAGUUCAUCUGAGAUGUUACAAUUUUUUUCCGAAUUAAGGUCGAGCGCCAAAACAGUGGUCGAGUUGUUGACAGAAGGAAACGACAUUCACGAUUUUACUAAUCAUUGUGGAUCCCAAUUUGUGCCGGAAACGUUUGUUUCAUCUGUAGAAGUUAUCAUGAGGUCAAAAGCGUUAACUGGACCGGAAAAACUGCUCUUAUUCAAAAAAGUGAGUGACAUGUUUCUCAAAUGUCCGAAAAGGUUAUUAGAGCAGUCGAUGGAAAACGCCUUAAGCAACUUGAUUCCCUUGUCAUGUUUGCAAAACAAUCACUGUUGUGUUAACAAUGAACAUCUGUUGCAUUUGGAGUUUAACCAUAUUGAAUCCAUAUUAGACAACCGGACAAUCAUGGCUCAACUGUCGAAAAUUCAAGCCCACUCUUUGUGCAAAGUUGUUUCGAAAAUGAAUUCUGAUUCUUUUUCCGCGAACAAUAUUGCAGAAAUUUAUCAUUUUAUUGGUUCGCUUGAGGAUUUAGAUCAAACUUUCUUUGAAACUUUUUUGACAGUUCUUGAGAUAGCUAUCAGAGAUUCAAAUGCGGUGGAACAUGUGUUGCAAAUUCUGAAGGAACUGGUGUGCAUUGUUCGCGCUACUCCUUCAGAAUUGGUUCCUUUGACCGUGGCCAGUUUUGGGCAACUUCUAGUAAACAGAGUUGGCGGACAAGAGAGACGUCUGUUUCUUAACGAGGUUGUCAUGAAAUGGGAUUUUUCACCAAACGUAAAAGUCUUGUCCUAUUUGGAAAUCCCCCGACUUCUCUGGAAAGUGUACACGACUUGCAAGACACCAGCGGAAAGAAGUGUUUUGAUCGCACGUCUGCAAGACAUUCUUAAGAGAGCGAAUGAAUGUGUUGCCUUAUGUUGUUCAUUGGGGCUUAGUAGCGCAAAACCAAGGGAUAUGUUAAGGAGAGUUCGCUGUUGUGAGUUUGAGUGGCUUGUUCUUCAUUCCCCCCUUGCAAAAGAAGAAGCAGCUCUUGCGUUCAACUUGAUCUUCCAUUGUGAUGAUCUACAAUUGAAAUGUUUCCACGAUUUCUCAGAUGUGUACAUUGAAGAUAACUGCUUCAAAUUUGUACCUCAAAGUUGUGAAUCAGAAACAGAGAAUGAUAUCACCGAUGAAGCAAUAACUAAUGCUACACUAGGAUCUACAAGGAAUGCCUCUUCCGUCACUGAGUCACCUGGUAAAAAUCUAACUCCUCUUUUUAUUGCAGAGAAAGUCAUUCUCAACUUGAAACGUCUGAUCAGAGAAGACGAGGACCUCACUGAAAAGGCUUUUUCCUUUUGGCACCGUGUGUUUGUCAUAACAUCAAUUCCGUACUGUUGGGAACAGGAAUGUCAAGAAAGUUUACCUGCUUCGUAUGACUCAUACCUAGAUGUGAUUCUGUCCAUUCUAUCAGAGAGCUCGUCAACAGACAUUUUAUUCCAUUGGAUUAAACAAAGCAGGCACCACGUCUGCCAGUGCUCAGAGGUUAUUUUGAAUGCCUGUAAGCCUAGCUAUUUUACAGACGACGUUUCCAAGGAAGCUGUGUUCAAAUUUCAAGGUGCUGUAGGUGCAACAAUGGAAAAAAUGCGUUUGGACGCAUCAAGGGUUUCGCCUGUGUUACCCAUGAUGUCUCUGCGAGUUCCCGUCUCAUGCUUUCGGCUUCUGAUUCCACAAGUAAAAGCCCUGAGUAAUCUUCUUGAGUUCAGAUUACGUAUUGAAGUGAAAACAGCUGCCCUUGAGUUAUUUCAAACCAAUAUGCAAGCCGGAGUCGCAGUUGGGGAGGUGCUGUCCUUCUGGUCAUGCAAGCAGCAGGAACUAAACCUAGUGGAACGUUUUAAAAGGCAAUGUCGAGAAGAGGAGUUCAACGCCUUAAAUCCUGUGCAUAAGGAAUUUGUGUGGCAAUUACUUAAAGCAUUUGGUCGGUUUUGCAACUCGUGUGAGGAAGUGCUCGACAGAUUUGAUUAUCUAAGUAAGCUAUACGACCCAGAAGAUCCUUAUGGCUUUAAUCGCUUGCCUCAGUGGCGUCAGACAAUGUUAGCAGGCGGCUAUUCUUCUAACGGUAUUGACUGCUGGUGUGUAGCAUUCCUCAUGACGCCACUUGAAGAUAUUUCAGCUCGUGAUGUCGAUUCAAUUCUUGAUCUGAACGCCGGCGCAUUGAAACUUGUCGAUUCUCAGUUGUCCGAAACAAUCAAAACAUGCAUCUUCCCCACAGAUGGUUUUCAAGUUUCACAAAAAGAAGGUAUCAAAAGUGAAGAAACUAAAGAGCGUCUUCGACUUGCAAAACUACUCGGUGAGUUUAUCAAUAUACUGAAAUUUUUGAAACCUGAAGAAAAUCGCAAGGAUGCUGUCAUCAAAGGAAUAGCUGUCGAUAGCUGUAAAGAGCUUUGCGAAGCGCAUGAAAAUCAAGCAAGAAGAAACAAAUUGUACAUAAUUCAAGAAGAGAAGCUUAAAGCUUUGUUCACUGAGGUUUUUGGCAAGCAGCACAAACUGAACGAUGAUGCACAUAAUGUUUGCAUAAAACAAAGAGCUGCUGACACGUAUGGAGGCUCGCAGGGGUCGAUGGCCUUCUCGAGACAGUCAUCCUAUGUGCAUGAGAACCUUCAACUGAUCAUGAGUCACCGUGAAGUCUAUCAGCCAUUACUGGUUUUGUUACGGCGGUGGUUAUCCCGAGUUGUCUUAAAACCAAACCUUGCCUAUUUUACGCUGGAGAUUGUUCGUCUCCUCUUUUCAGAACACUCCAAGGAUCAAGGCCAGGAGCGUUUAUUCCGUGUGCACACGAAAAUUCAAGAUCGCAUUUUAUCCUUGGAAAACAAUCAAGCUCUCAUGGCGCAGCUACAGGCUUCAGGGUACAAUCAAAAAAGUCAAGGACACCCAGAUUUAUGGUCUUCUCCAAAUGUGGAGUGCUCCGGCUACCUUAGGAAACUCGAUUCACCAGACAGUAGAAGAUAUAUAAAGAAACUGACCCAAGUACUGAGACGCUUGUGGAGUGAGUGGAGGGACAUUCUUUCCAUACUUGGUGUUGCCUUCAUAAAAGUUGGCGAAAACGACGUGCGUACGCAGGACCUUUUUGGCCUUCACGCUUCCUUAAAGGAAAUGGAGAAGCAGGUUUCUGCUGUCAAGGAAACGGUCAACCGAGUAAAUAAGAACUUUCUUGACCAAAGAUUCCAACAGGGUAUUGAACAGAUGAUACGCAUGGAACAGCGACAUCGUGCAAGGAUUAGAACGUUGUACAAGGGCACCGAGGUAAGAGAAUCAACUUGCGUUUUGUUUAAUUUCCUUUCUCGUUUUAGGAAUACAUUAUAAGGGACUAGCUUCAGUCACAUAAGUGAAUAACGUGAUUCCCAAUAAGUUACAAAUAAGUUCCAGCGUAAAAGUAAAGAACUUGCAAACAAUGAGUCUUUCGGAAAAAUCUUAGUUACCACCUCUGUUUUUUCUCGUCCUGCUUUGGAAAUAUUGACAACAAAUGGGUCGGAGUAAAUUUCGUGGAUAUAAAUAGGGGCGGACAGAAAACAUAAUCAAAUUCAUCGAUGGGACAUGUUUAUUUGACCCUGUUUUAUUCCCUUACGCCAUACUCAUUUAAAGUAUUUUACUCACACGAAAAACGUUCGGUAAAUCAAUAAAUUUUUGGUCUAAUGUCAUUUAUAUAUAAUCAUCAGCAGCACCUGAUGCAGUAUAACCCAUUAACAAAUCUACCAUGGCCAUUAAACAAAGAGAGUCACGUCAAAGUUACGAAAACUGUUUUAAGUCUUGCGAUAUUCCUAGUUGCCUUCUUACCGCAGUACGCGUGCAUACUGCAAAAAUGCUUUUUUUCAACACUUGGAAGUGUGUAUUGAUAUUUAUAUAUGUCGAUCUGCUUUGUCAGUUGUUCAUUCCAUAUGUGGCCAAAUUUUACAACUACAGUACUAAUGGCUGGUUUUCACUGUCGACGGAGUCGGAGUCGUAAUCAGAAGGUAGGACUUCACGAUCUAGUGAAAACAGCGUUCUAAUUCCGCUUACGAUGACGUGAAAACUGAGUCUCGGAGUCGCAAGCAGAAGCGGAAGAACUAAACCAAUCACAAAGCGUGGGAACGUGCAUCGUGAUUGGUUUAUCCUUGCGCUUCUGCUUCCGACUCCGACAAUCUCGUUUUCACUAGAUCGUAAACGAUGGAGUCACGGAGGAGUCAGAAGACGUUCUGAUUCAUCCGACAACAACGUUCUGAUUCAUCCGACUACGAUUCAGUCGAGCUGCUGACUGCUGACUGCUGACUGCUUACGAUUCCCAGCCUCAACUUAAAGAAUACUCAGAUUCAUUAUUUAUAUUAUUCUUCCAGACCUCAGAGGCAAAUGGAAAGAAGAAAGCUCAAAUGACAAAAUUUGUCGCUGUUUGGGAAAAUCGCUUUCUCGAAAACGUGAAACUGUGCUCAGAGAGUAUUCCAGGUGAGGUUGAAAAAAAAAUACACACACAUGACACACACUUGGGAAGGUGAAUAAUAUUUGUCAUGUCGCUUUAAGCAUUAUAAAACAGUGGUUGUAGGUUUGUUGAUGAUGGUGGAGAUGUAUUAACGCCGGUUUGGAAGAUUUGGGACAAGCCUUAAUACUGAAAACUGAUCAUGUUUAAACUUUGGUGACUCAACCUGGAUGCAAGGAAAACCCCACAUUGGGCAUUUCCCGAUUUUAGAGCGCACCUUAUGUAAACGUUAGGAUCACCUUAAAGGAGCAUCGUGUUGAAUGUGGCUGGGAGAUUUAAGGCUUUGCGUUACAGCUUACUGAUAAACAUUUGACGAACCACAUUUGUCUUUAAGGAUGCUACGCUCCCAACGGCUUCCACUCAGAGAAACCUGUCCUGUGUGCAUUGUCUGUAGACAACAGGAUUCUGCCUGUCUUUACGGAGGAUAAAAAUGGUAACCGAAAGGAAGUUGAGAAUGUGGAAGUGAAACUACUUGAGGCUGGUAUGUACGUGUUUGAACUGUACACGAGUGGCCAUGAGUACGUAACAGAUGAGCUGUGGGCUGCUUUCUAUAAGAUGCUUUUGGUCGAGAAGCUGGUACCCAGAAUUGUCUUGUCUAAUGAAAGCCCUGGUUUUGACUGGAUAAAGGGAUUCGUGAAGCCAGGUAACAUAUAUAUGUAAUCCUGUUAAAUCACGCCAUUCUAGGAGAUAUAAUGUCCGUCCCACCAUGUACGUGAUAUAUCAUGCAAUCGAUAUCAUGGAAAGUACUAAAUUUAUAUUUUUUCCACGGUACAACCUCACAGCAUGAUGUCCAGCUGGAACUCCUUGGUCUGGAAUCGGACCCUAUCCAGGGAGGUAGAUUCGCCAACUCUGUAUUGUCAAUCCAGUCUUGAGAUAAUUAUGUUGGUACGAACAUUAAAAUUUUUUAGCUACCGCUAAAUAAAUGAAAUCAUGAUGAGAUUACGGAAUUGUUGAUAUGAGGUCCAAACUAAAUAUUCCAGGUAAUCAUCAUAUACAUUUAUUAGAACUUAAUGUAAUCUCCCCGUUAUCUGAUGUUUGCUUUUAGCAAAAAGUCUUCCCUAUCCCUGGAAGUGGAUGCUGCAUCGAGGGAUUGUUCCACCGGAGGAGGACUACUUCGAGCACCAGCCGAUAGAUGCAGCGUUGUGGCCAGCUCGGUUCAAUUUAACAGAAUUUGUCAUUUUGACGGAGGAGAAUGUUGAAAACUUUCAGUUUAAAGAGUUUGAGGUAAGUUAAAUAAACCUGUGAUGAGUUUUGUUCUUGCUGUCAACGUCGUUAACACACUUGAAGUUUGGUUAAAUCCAUGCAAUCCGAUAUUGCAUCGGAGUCAGAUAUUUUGGUAUUUGCCGGUUAGUGACAUGGUGGAAAGUACGAGUGCGUAUGAGGAUAUUAGACUAAGCCUGAUAUACACUUGAGGGCGCUUCUCAUUGCCAGAACUGACCCGGACUGGUUAGACCAUUCCCGUCGCAAUGAUAAUUUCCCUUUUAAUUAAAACUCUCCAGCCAGAGCAGUCAAAUCCUAAAUAGUAUGCACGAAGGAGAACGCUUAGCAAAAACUCUUGGGAAAAGCCUAUUUCAUCUUCAAAGGGACUGGUGCAGCCAUGGUCUGGCUGGCCAGUUCUGACAAACGGAAAGCGCCCUUAGAGAGAUAGUACGCACGCUUUGAUUGAGAGCGAUAUUUCUUAUUGAUCGGGUUUGUUUUAUUGUACUGACCCCAUUUCCCCCCAUUCCAAAAGGUGUCGUGGGUUACAUUUGUGAUUUACAGGAAAAGCCUUACUGUGAAGAGAAGGCGUUUGCGUGUUUGUUUGUUUUUUAACGACUCAAAUCUACGAUUUUGGAGCCAAAUGCGCAAAGGCCUCCCACUUGAAAUUAAAUCUAUUCUUAGUCUCAGAGAUACAUGAGAUACAUUAUAAUCUAAGAAAAUGCGUUUUCUCGUUCCGCACUGUAUAUCGAUGAUACAAUCACGGAACCUCUAUUUUUUGCAAAAAGGAAAAAACACUUGGUCAGUAACGUAGUAAGGUCGUCAAUCUCAGUUAGUAAGUGGUAUAAAUAAAAGACUAUCCUCUUUCUUAACCAGGACGCUCACGGAACAAUCACUUUAUUUUACAGAAGUUAGUUUGGCCAUUUUCUCGAUAAGAGUAGAGCAAAGCUUCAUACUGACGUUGUCUGUCUCUAAGAACGGCCGAUCACUUAAUAGGCGGUUUUACGGUUUUUAAAAUGUGUUAAUAUAGACUUUAUUACCCUCAGGACGCCUGUGCAUUCGAGAAGAGAGAAAGACGAUCAAAGCAAAUAGUAAAAGAGGCCAUUCAAAACCUCAAAGAUGAGCUCCGCUUGCUGCACGGGGAAGACGAAUCAAUCAGGACAGCUUUGGCGGAGAAGUUAGGUCCUGUAGUUAAGAAAACGAUUCAAACCAUCGCUUGUGGUGAAGUUCCCUCUGAGGAAAUGGUGGAGAAGAUGAUUGAUAUGAAAAAGCUUGCCUAUAGAAACCCUCAGGUUUUGACGGGAAGCGGGCAGCAAUACGCAGCUGCAGUAAUUCGCGCUUGUAGAAUGACGCACUGUACAGAGUAAUACUAGGUAGAAUAGUACAAUCUAGAUUUCUCAAAUGUUAUUUAAUUUUCCUUUUUUCCAUUGCAUUUUUUGGGACGAUCAAAGUGAUCAGAACAAUAGACUUGAGAGAAAACCAUUAAAAAGUACGAUUUUAUUGACAGAUUAGGUCAGCUAGACACGCGAAAGUUUAAAAAUAGAUCUUUGCAGAAUUUUCAAACAUGGCAGUUCACAAGCUUAUCACUUCGCAAACAACGGCGUAAUAACUUCAAUGGAACCGCUAAAAGUUUGAAUUGUUUCCUUACCUGAGAAGAAAAGAAGAGAUUUGUUGUUUUCUGUUGACUCGCCAAGUUUAUAACCGAAAAGGUUUGUUGUGUCGUUCUUCGCAUGAAGUGCUGACAAAAAUGGCGAUUCGGUUCCUCGAGGUAAGACGUCGUCUUCAUGUAGCAUUCUUUCUCCUAUUUCACUUGAAACAUGGAAUUUCUGCAAACAUUUGCUUUCAAAUUUGUUUGUCAUAAAUAAACUUCGUUUUUGGGCCAAAUUUUAUCUUGUUAGGAAACGUUGAGUUCACGAAACGGCCUCUUCUAGGCGAAUAGACGGGAGUUGUAAACAAUCCAUCGACCACAAAACUCAACUACAGUAAAUGGAAGAACGCCGUUUUCAAUCCUUCGAAGUCUUUUCUUGCCUGGAAAAAAGUCAACCCAGUUUUUUCGACUUUUGAAAGAUCUUUCUCUAAAAAAAUGGGGAAAAAAGCGAACUCACACAUUAGGGCCAUUUAUACGAGGAAAAAUAAGACGCCUCUUACAUAGGUCGCGUCUUAAAUAAGACGUGAACUUUCCCUAUAAACGGCACAUUUCGUCUAAAAUAA